UGUGUUUGUGUGGCCUUUUGAAACAGACCAGCUAGACAAAGCCAACUUCUGCCCCCACCUCCUUUUUUUGUAUUGAGAGCCUCGUAUUAUAUAAGUAUGGCUCUGAAGCGUCAAUUCGUAUCCAGCUUGUCAGCUCUGAGCUGAGCGCCAGGGAAAUCAUUAACCGUGCACACACUACACCUUGGAUUUUGUAUUGUGACAGAGAUUAUCGUCUUCCUCUGCUAUUCAGUCCUUCAUCCAGAACCUCCCUACCCUUGAUAUGUCCCUUCUUUUGUAUUUUCCAGUUGAUAGUCUGGGGUCCUGCCUUCUCAGUGGUAAGGAUCAGGAUCCAGCAGAUGCAGAAAUGGAAGAUUAACAGACACUCAGUGAAAGUACAAGCGAGCUGCCUAACAGAUGCCGCCUUGCUCCCAUGAUGGAUGUGCCUAGCAUCAAAGACUUCCAGUGGAAAACUCUGGCACCUCUGCCCAGCCGGAGAGUCUAUUGCUCCCUGGUGGAGGCUGGUGGUCAGGUCUAUGCCAUUGGGGGCUGUGAUGACAAUGGUGUCCCAAUGGACUGUUUUGAGGUGUACUCCCCUGAAGCCAACCAAUGGAAUUCUCUCCCCCCAAUGCCUACAGCCAGGGCUGGGGUAGCUGUAGCAACACUGGGCAAGAGGAUAAUGGUGAUCGGGGGUGUUGGAGCCAACCAGACACCCUUGAAGAUUGUGGAGAUGUACAACAUAGACGAGGGCAAAUGGAAGAAAAGGAACUCCUUGCGGGAAGCCUCGAUGGGGAUCUCUGUGACGGCGAAAGACUACAGAAUCUAUGCAGCUGGCGGAAUGGGAGGAGACCUUCGCCCUCACAAUUACAUGCAGCAUUAUGACAUGCUCAAGGACAUCUGGGUGUCGCUGGCAACCAUGCCCACACCCAGGUAUGCCGCAACUUCCUUCCUACGGGGCACAAAGAUCUAUGUGCUGGGAGGAAGGCAAUCCAAAUAUGCCGUGAAUGCCUUUGAAGUCUUUGAUAUCGAGACCAGGUCGUGGACCAAAUUCCCCAACAUCCCCAGCAAACGAGCGUUCUCCAGCUUCGUGUGCGCAGAGAACAACAUCUUCAGCCUGGGGGGUUUGCGGCAGGGCAGGCUAUACCGUCAGCCCAAGUUUAUGAAGAAUGUGGAUGUGUUUGACAUCGAACAGGGGGGCUGGAUGAAGAUUGAGCGCUCAUUCUUUCUGAAGAAACGACGGGCAGAUUUCAUAUCCGGCUACUUGAAAGGAAGAAUUGUUGUAGCUGGUGGCCUAGGAAACCAACCAACUGUACUGGAAUCAGCUGAGGCCUUUCAUCCUGGAAAAAACAAAUGGGAGAGCCUUCCACCUAUGCCCACCCCACGAUGUGCCUGCUCUAACAUUGUGGUAAAAAACUGCCUCCUGGCUGUAGGUGGAGUGAAUCAGGGCCUGAGUGAUGCAGUGGAAGCUCUGUGUGUCUCUGACUCCUAGCCGGCCUGUCUCCAGAUGCCACACCAAGCACCUAAGAAAACGAUUAGCCUACAGUUUUGAGCGGUGGGCCUACACCAUCCCUCUCACUCACUACUAUACGGCUUUCCUGUAACUCCUUUCACUGUGUGUUUUGGAGAAGGUAGUUUCUUCAGGCAGCUACACAAUUUCAUGGCUCUGGUGGCUAGCAGAGGCCCUGUGGCAAUGUCAGUUUUGCAAGCUCUGUUGAGCUCCACCACCUGAUGAAUCUAUGGUCGCUUUUCUCUGUCGACUCUGGGCAGCCAAGGAACAUGCUAGCUUUGCUUCAAAACAGAAAAGAUGCAUAGAAUGGUGUGGGAUAUUCCAGGCAAGAAUUAGGAAGCAUUACCUAGGAACUAGAAGCAUGUUUUGGAUACAGUUGUUGAACCUACCAUUGGGUUUUUCACAGGUAAACAAAGGGAGUGCUGAAUCCCAGAGGCAGGGAGAGAGAGAGAGUUUCCUGGUGCCCUUUGAAAUGGACCCCAAAAGUUCUGGCUGUGGUGUUGGGUUUCAAAGUGUUCAGGGUUUAAAGCAUCCAGAAUGAAUUUCCAGGGUGCUUCCUCAUCAUGCAGCUAGAGGGAUGGUGAACCAACCCAAUUUGUUGCCUUGAUUGACAGUUCCUGCAAUUAAAAGUUCCAUAUUGCCUCUGCCAGAGGCUGAAGGCUAGAAGGCCAUAGUUAAGAAACCAAUUUAUGGACAGGGAUGGCUCUGCACCAUGGACCAAGAUUGCAAUACCUGCAAUGCACACUCUCAUGAAGUGUGUGUGUGCACAGAGACACACACACACUUUUCAAGUUGUUCAUAUCCUGUCCAUUAUACCCAAGGGGCCAGCUGUAAAACCUGGAGUGAGCUUAUUGUAGCCCAUGUUUGGAGAGCAGGAAUGUUAUGGGGUCUGCUCAUAACAGCUUUCACACAGCGCCCACGGCAACAGCAAAGCUUUGAGUACCUGCUGUUUUUAUUGUAUUUCAUAUAUUGUUUUCUUUAUUACUUUGGCACAGAGGUUGAACUUGCCAGUGUCAUCUGAAUUAUGUAUGAUGGAUCAGUUGUAGCAGUUCUGCUUAGGUAUUAGUAAAUAGCACAAAUAAACUAUUCUUAUGGUAA